CUUCGCUUGAAUCCAACUUUUAAAACGUAGAGUAUUACAGUGGGCAUAGAUUAAUAUUAGUGGGUGGUGUAGGUUUUCGAUAAAUAAAAAAUGUUAGAAACACAAGUCAGCUUUCUUGUAAAGGCAGUUUCCACUUUAGCACAAGCCGAAUGUAAUCCUACACAAAAGACGCUUAAAAGUUUUUACUUGAUGCGUUGCAGGGAACUGACGAAAGGUUUUGGUCUCCCAGAGAAAUAUUUCUCGUCGAAAGUUAGAUGUCCGCGGUGCUUUGUUGAUUGGGAAAAGGGAACAGAGGUUAAAAUUCAACAAAUCAAAUUGAGUAAAAAGCAAAGAAGGCGGAUAAGACAAUACAAGACUAAUAAGAGUAAUAAUAAUUAUGUUGAAGAAAGAAGACAAUUAUUGUUUAGUAACAAAAUUGAACAAAUGUGUAAAUUUUGCAAAAACUCUUCAAUUAUAAUUUCACCGAAACCAGCCAAGCAGGAGGCCAGUAAAGUUGUUUUCAGUAGUGAAAAUAGACAAAAUAAAGCUCUUUCUGUCGAAGGAAAUGAGGUAACAAAAAUAAAUAAUAAAAAAAAUGGAAAAAAGAAUAACAAUGUUUGUACAAUUCCUAAAAAAAUACAGAGCUCCACAGAAAGUCCUGAAGUAAAUGUAUACUCAAAAUCAAAGGAUGCCUUUUCUUUAUCAAAUAAAAAUAAUACAUUAAAAGGUGUAGUGAAACCAGAGAAGAAUGUUAAAAAUAAUAAGAAGAAAAAGGACAAGUUUGCAGGUUUGUGCCAACAGGCUGUUUUAGCAUCUGCUAAAUUGAAAGAAGAAAAAUUAAAGCAAAAUAAAUUAAAUUUAUUUUUAAAACCCUCAUCAUAAUAUAAUUAGUAAAUGAAAUAAAUGUUACACAACUUUUAUAUAGUAGAUUUUUUUAUUAUUAGUAUUAUAUGUAUAUCCAUCACAUUAGUAUUAGUAUGACCUGUUAUCACAUGCAUAAGACCUUUUUUAAAUAUUUUGUAGAAAUUAUAUGUAUCAUUGUUGUUAAUAUAUUCAUUUAUAAUAAUAUUUUCUUUCAUAGCAUCUGAAACUAACUCAAUGUAUCCUAUCGCUCCGGCUGCAUCUGUGGGUCCAUCGAUACCAUCAGUGCCAGCACUCAGUAAAUAUACUUCAAAGUCCUUAAAAUUAUCUUUAAUUUUGUGGAUAUAGUUGGAAAAUUCCAAAGCUAACUGUUGAUUCCUACCUCCUUUACCUUGACCUUUAACUUCCACUGUUAUUUCUCCACCAAGAAUUAAACAUAUGUUUUUCUUUGAAACAUCAAGGCCAUCAAUAUUAUCUAAACAUUCAUUUACUCCAGGUAUGUCUAAACAUAGCAACUUUUCCUUCAAACUGUUUUUACUUAAAUCCUUUAAAAUAAAAUCACAAAAUAUUUUUGACAGUUUAACAUAUUUUUGAGCUAUAUCUCUGACAUUACCAGUCACUAUAUUUGUUAGAGCUAUUGAUGAAAAGUCCAUAGCUUUGCAUUCAUUUACUGCUGCAUUGAUGCUGAGUUUGUUAGAACCAAUAAUAAGGUUUUUGACUUUAUGAUUUGGGAAUAAUUUAUGAUCUUCAACAUUUUUCAAUAUUAUUUUAGUUGAGUUUGGCAGUUGGUCAUACAGAUUAUAUUUUUUUAUGAUGUCUAUUGCUGCAUUUGGAUGGUCUUUAUUUUCAGAAGUUGGCCCACUAGCUAUCAUAUCCAAUGGAUCUCCAACAAUAUCAGAUAAUAUUAAGGAUAUAACAUCUGCUGGCUGAGCCAUAAUUGCUAAUUGACCACCUUUAAUUUGUGAAAGCUUUUUCCUUACUGUGUUUAAUUCAGUAAUAUCUGCUCCUGCAUUUGCUAACAACUUAAUAACAUCAGUUUUAUCUUCCAAUGUCAUUGGUUCUUUUGGUAAUGGUAAUAAUGCAGAACCACCUCCUGAUAUUAAAACUAUAAGAAUAUCAGUAUCACUUAGUUGACUUAUCAUUGUUUUUACUUUUAUUGCUGUUGCUUGUGCAUUUGCAUCAGGUAAAUUAUUUCUAGCUCCUUCAUAAUACAUAACAUUUCCAUUUCUAGCAUUAUAAUGUAAACUUCCUGUAGGGAUGCUGAUGAUACCUUGCUUUAUUUUAGGACCCAAUAUUUGGUCAACUUUUAAAGCCAUGUCUUGUACCGCUUUACCUGUACCUACUAGAUAGACAUUUCUAUUCAGUAAACUAACACUUAUUCCAUCAAUAUUUAACUCUUUACUGUUAUGAUUGUAUUUCACUGUAUCUUUCAUUAUAUUCUCAGGAAGUACGGCGGAUACGCUUGAUUUAAAUAUGCGUAUUAAAUUAAAUACUGUACUUUUAGCCAUCGUAAAUAACCGUGGCAUCAAUCCAAUUAAUGAUAAGCACAGCUGAUAAGAUAGAAAAAAAAAAACAAUAUCAUUUAUCAGCAGCACGGUUAUCUGUGGUCAGUCC